ACGCAAUUCCCCCUCUCUUUCACCGAGUCCUCUCGGUCUGGCUGAGGGCUGAUUGACUACCGUGCCUAGCGAAACGACCCGUCCGCGCUAGGGCCUCACCUCCGCUCCGCAGUUUUUCCGCGCUGCGCUCCCUCUCUCGAAGCUCGGAACCUGUCUUUGUCUUCCAACACCAACGCAGGCAGGCGUCAGAGCCUCGCUCUCUUCCCCAUCUCCUCGCGGCCGGAUGCGCGCCAAUAAUCGCUCUCACAACUAGCCGCCCUUCGCGCUCUCCUCGCAACCCUCCAUUAUGGCGGCUGUAUACGGGCAUGCCAACGGCGCGAACGGCGUAAACGGAAUCGCUUCUUCAUUCCCUCCGGCGCGAUACUCCAGGGUUCCUCCAGCAAUUACCGUCGCCGUCGCCGAGGCUGACGGUCCCAUCGAUGUCGAAAUCGCGCUCGACGAUGAGAUCCAGGACGAUCCUACCGAGCUGUGCACGCUGCUAGAGAACGAACAGAGUGCCAAGAACACCUGGGUGACUGUCGCCAUCGCAUACGCCAAGCACAAGAAACUGGACGUGGCGAUAGAGGUGCUGGGCAAGGCCAUCAGCGUGUUUGGACGGGGACGCGCUGAAGACAGGCUCAGCAUCCUCAAUGGCCUUUGCUGGCUGUAUUUGCUCAAAUGCCGGGAGGCUCCACGUAUUAACUCGGACCAGCAAGGCAACCCGGAGCUGAAGACGAAGGAAUUUUAUAUUCAAGCAGCUACUAGUGUAUUGAACGAUGCUUCGCGCAUUAGCCCAUCAUACCCCCCGCUCUUCCUCGCCCGCGGCGUCCUCUACCUCCUGCGUGCCUCCCUCCAGGCGCCCGCCACGGCUGCCGGACCGAAUCCAGUCAGCUCCGAGCGCAUGGAUACCCUGAAGCAAGCCGCGAAGUGCUUUGAGGAUGCUCUCCGGGCAUCAGGUGGAAAGAAUCUUAUGGCUAAGAUGGGCAAGGCACGGGUCAGCUACUCUAUGGGGAAAUGGGCCGACGCUCUAAAGGGCUACCAGAACGUGCUCGAGAGCUCUCCUGGCCUCAUCGAUCCAGACCCGCGAAUUGGGAUUGGCUGCUGCUUCUGGCAACUCGGCUUCAAGGACGAUGCUGCUAGCGCCUGGCAGAGGUCUCUAGACUUGGACCCCAGGUCGAAGAUCGCCCUGAUCUUGCUGGGGCUGUACAACUUCCACCUGACGGCUCGACUUCCUCCUACGGACCCUGGAUUCGCCGCCCUGACCAAGAAGGCCAUGAGCCAAUAUAUCGUUCCUUCGUUCCAGCUCGACAAUAUGUAUCCAAUUUCAUGCGCAACGCUUGGAUCCUGGUACAAUUUGCGGAAGGCUUUCGAUAAGGUGGAGACUCUGUCGCGGCGCGCUAUCGAUCUGACCGACGUGAACGCAAUUGCCAGUGACGGUUGGUACCAGCUGGCUAGGAAGGAGCAUCAAGAGGAAAACAUACAAAAGGCCAUGGACUUCUACUCCAGAGCCGAUCAAGCCCGCGGCGGUGACGACCGUGGCUAUGUUCCUGCCAAGUUUGGUUCGGCUCAGAUGAGAGUGCUCAUGCAAGAUUAUGACGGUGCCAAAUUUCGACUGGAAAAGAUCCUUCAGCAGCAACCGAAUGUAGAAGCACAGACGCUACUGGGCACUCUCUAUGCUGAAGACGUUUUCGCCGCCCAAGCCGCAAAGUCCUCAGAGGACAAGUCCGCCGAGCUGAAGAAAGCCCUCAAAUACCUCGAGGAUGUCCAGAAAGCAUGGAGAGAUCCCAAGAAGAAGGUAUCUCCGGAUCAAUCAGUCCUCCUCAACCUGGCAAGGCUCUACGAAGCCGAGCACCCGGACAAGAGCCUCAAAUGUCUUGGGGAAGUUGAACAGAUGGAACUGGACGCCAUACCCGAAGAGGACUAUCCAGAUGGCAUCGAGGAUGAAGCUGAGCUCAAAGCAGCUCUUCGGGAACUCCUACCGCCUCAGUUGCUCAACAAUAUGGCCUGCUUCCAUUACCAGGCCGAGCGCUACGCGCGAGCGCGAGAUUUAUUUCAGACGGCACUCAACGCCUGCGUGAAAGCGGCAGCUAGAGACGAAACCAUCGAUACCGAUGCUCUCGUCACCUCCAUCAGCUACAAUCUCGGUCGCACAUACGAAGCUGAAGGUAUGUUGGACGACGCUAAGAGCGUGUUUGAAGGCCUUCUCAAGCGGCACGCGGAUUACAUUGACGCUCGAAUCCGCCUUGCAUACAUCUCUCUACGGCAGAAUCCCAACGACGAAGGCCCAAGAGCGGUCAAGGAGCUUAUGAAAGACAAUGAAGACAACCUCGAGGUCAAAGCUCUCUAUGGGUGGUACCUCAACAAGUCUAAGAAGCGGACUUUGGUUCUGCAGGAUGAUCAAGAGCAACGGCAUUACAAACAUACCUUGCAAAAGUCAGACAAGCACGACUGCUAUUCUCUCACCGGCAUGGGCAACCUUCACCUUGCUAUUGCUCGCGAGAUGCGGAGGGACACGGAACAAGACAAAGACAAGCGUCGGAAGAUGUAUGAACGCGCAGUAGAAUUCUUCGACAAGGUGCUUCAGCUUGACCCGAAGAACGCGUACGCUGCCCAGGGCAUUGCUAUCGCCCUGGUUGAAGACAAGAAGGACUACGCUACAGCCCUCCAGAUACUCACCAAGGUCAAAGACACCAUCAAGGACUAUAGUGUCUUUGUCAACCUCGGCCAUACCUAUACCGAGAUCAAACAGUACGCCCGUGCAAUCGAAAACUAUGAGUUAGCUCUAGCGAAAGACAGGGCACACGAUCUCAACAUACUGGCUUGCCUGGGGCGCGUAUGGCUUAUGCGAGGGAAGCAGGAACAGAGCCUGGUUGCGAUGAAGACUGCGCUCGAGUACUCGCAGCAAGCUCUCAAAAUCGCCCCCGGUCAAAGCCACCUCCAGUUCAACGUUGCCUUCGUCCAAUUCUCGAUAACACAGCUCGUCUACAGCCUUAGAGAUACGCAACGGACGCUUGCCGAUGUGGAAGAGGCGACUCAGGGCCUAGAGGAAGCCAUAGUACUUUUGGAAACCGUUGCGAAUUCGGAGAACCCGCCAUUCCACAAGAACGACAUUAUUCAGCGAGCCAACAUGGCUCGUAACACCAUGCGUAAGCAAAUGGAGCGUGCUCACGAGAGCCAGGUGAAGUACGAGGAAGAGAACGCCAGCAAGCUGGAGCAAGCACGCCGGUUACGCGAAGCAGAACUGCGGAAACGCGAAGAAGAGAAGCGCAAAGCAGACGAGGAAGCCGCAGAGCGUAGACGCAAGAUCCUCGAAGAACGACAGAAAUUGGAAGAGCGGGAUCGCGAGUACAUGGAGCGGCGUGCUGAAGAGGAGCGGAGACGCCAGGAGCUCAUCGAUGACAGCGAGCUGCGUAAGGCUGAGAGGAGAGCUCGCGGCAAAGGCGGCAAGCGCAAGAAGAAGGGCGACAUGGACGACUCCGAAACUGAAGGCCUGGGCUCUGAGGAUGAGGGCGGCCGACAGCGGCGACGGAGGACAAGCGCCUCAGGGACUGAAGGACUCACAGAUGAGGACCGACCGCGCCAGAAGAAGAGGAAACUGGCUAGGAAGGGCGAGCCGAUCGGCAAGUACAAAUCAGCCGAGUUCGUUGAGAGCGACAGCGAGGGCGAAGCUGAUCUUCCUGCGGAUACCGGCGCUGACGCCGACGCCGACGCUGGUCUGGCUCGGGCCGUUAGCGAGAGUGGGGAUGAAGGUGUUAGCGCACCGCGGCCAGGACGAAAAACGGCUCGCGUCAUAAGCGAGGAUGAAGAUGAAGAUGAAGGAAUCGCUGCGCCAAAGACGAAUGGCGAUGCGGUUAUGGAUGAUGAAGACGACGAGUAGAUCGGGGAGGCUUAUUUUUCGGCGUCCGUUAUGAUUGGCAAUCUAUUUCUAUGCAUCAGCGCUGCGGCGUUGGGAGGAACCGUAUGGGGAACUGCAUACCAUAAAAAGGACUUCUUCCUGUAUAGGCAGUGUACAGCAUUUGACUCAGAGAUAAUCAAGGCUAUUUAUGACAGCU